AUGCCAGCGGUGGGCCGCAGCGCUACAAAGCCUAAGUCGCUGGUUGAACAUCUCAGCGAGCAAGCACCCAAACGACCUGUCAAUGAGAUCGUUAGCCUCGACAGGUACUUGAUGUCUGCUCAGCUGCUACUGAAACAGGCAGCGGAUUAUCGGCUUAUUGGAGAUGAGGAGCAGCUGUAUGUAAUGCUACUCAGAUUCGCAAGUCUUGUGGUUGAGACCAUUCCAACCCACCGGGAUUUCCGGGACGGCAACGCCACCUACAGAGGUUUAAAAAAGGAUCUGUUAGUAUCCUUCUUGCCGGAAUUGGAACGGCUGAAAGCCUCUCUCCGACUUAAGGAUAGGCCCGAGCCCCCAGCCGCCGCUUCACGCAAUCGCCCCGCGGAUGCCGUCCAGCUGAGCGUGUCUGCCCUGCCUCAGCUUGACUGGGCGUCCUCGGGCGCACCAACACCACCACCACCGGCUGCUGCUGCUGCGGACGUAAACCUAGAUGGCCAGGUGCCCUUCAAAGUGGACGACCUGCUGGAGGUGCUGGGGACAACGGUUCCGAUGGCGCCUCCAGUGCCGGCCGCCGCCGCGGCAGCGGCGGCGGCAGUGGCUCCGCCGCCGGCGGACCCCUACGCACUGGCGGCGGAAGCGGCGGCAUCCCUGGCAGCUCUCUCCACCGGCGGCCUUGGGGACAUCCCGCAGCCCAAGUACGCGCUCAGCUAUGCUGCCUCCACCAAUAGCACCCGGCAUGCGCUGUUCGGGGCGACGUCACAGCCUCAGCUUCAUCAGCAGCAACAGCAACAACAGCUUCAGCUCCAGAGGGGCAGUUCGGGCGAUGCCGGAGCGAUGCCGCGUUAUCCAGUGCUUGACAGAGGUCCCUCCGCCUCCUCAUCAGCGUGGCCAGCACCAGUGGCUGGCGAGGUUACACACCUGUCUCUGACGCCGGCAGUGAUGGAGCAGCAGCAACAACAAAUGGCACUGGCGAUGGCGGCGGUACCUCAUCCUUCCGCGGGACCAUCUCUAGGGCCGCAGGAGGUCUCG